AUGAAACCCGUGUGUUGCCGUUGUGGUCUGGAGGUGCUGAUUGAGGUGGGACCGCCUGUCAGGGACUUGAACCACACUCCCUUCUGCUCUAACCCGUCAACAUCGCCUCCAUCUCGCCACCUUCCGCCGCCAAACCCACGAUCAAAGAGCCGAGGAACAGAGAGGGAGACCCAGGGAGACGAGAGCCCAGACAGACGCCGCCGCAGCCGCAGCAGCCGCCCAGACGGAGAUACGCUUUGA